AUCUUGGAUUGCCCAAGAUAAGAUGGUGCAGACAUGGCUACUUAAUUCUAUGGAAUUACAUGUUGCUGAAAUUUUCAGUUAUUAUGAAUCUUCUGCAGAUUUAUGGGAUGCUGUUAAAGAGAUGUAUGGAAAUCAAAAUAACGCGGCACGAGUUUUUCAACUCAAAAGAGACAUUGCAUGUCUUCAACAGGAAGGUAAACCAUUUAUUCAAUUUCUUGGUAGCAUGAAAAGUAUGUGGAAUGAGUUGUCUGUUUAUCGUCCACAUACUACUGAUUCUGCUGUCUUGCUAAAACGGGCUGAAGAGGAUAAAAUAUUUCAGCUUUUGGCUAAUCUUGCUCCUGAUUACGAAGAUCUCCGUAGUCAUAUACUUAUGAAUUCUGAGCUUCCUUCUCUAGGGAGUGUUUGUGCUACUAUUCAACGGGAAGAAGUCCGAAGAAAGGUCAUGAAUUGUAACCUCAAAACUGAGGUAUCUGAAGCCCGAGCAUAUAUGUUCAAUCAUAAACGAUCUGAAGAAAGAAGUUACAAGGGAAAGAGACCUGAGUUGAAGUGCAAUCAUUGUCAUAAUCUUGGUCAUACAGUGGACCGAUGUUGGGUACUUCAUCCUGAAUUGAAGCCUAAGUUUCCGAGAGAGAAUAUGCCUCAGAAACGGACUCAACCUUCGGGAUAUAAGGCUAAUCAUGUUACAACCAUGGCUGGAGAUGGAUUGUCAAGGUUCUCCUCAAGUCCAAUAACUCUUAUUAAUGAGUUUGCUUCUUAUCUUCAAGCAAAGCAAGGUGAAUCUGAUAACAAUGGGAAGUCAGCUGCCUUACUUGGUCAAUUUGCUGGAUUUCUAUCUGAAGAUAAAAAUGGUGCAACUGAUGACACAUCAGGAUUUGGUCACCAAGAAGACGAUUGGUGAGGGAUUUUUCUUUCAAGGCUUAUAUUAUCUUCUCAAAGAUUUUCACAAGGGAUUUCAUGUAAAUGCCUGUUUAGCUUCCAAGCACAAAUUAUGGCAUCAACGUCUAGCACAUCCCUCUGAGUCAAUUUUGGCAAAGAUUUUUCCAAAUAUUAAUAAAAAUUCAGUUGAUUGUGACAUUUGUCACUUGUCAAAAUCUACACGAUUAUCAUUUCCUUCUUCUAAUUCUCGUUCAAAUAAAUUAUUUGAAU